UCGUAGACGUGGUAAACUUCAAGUCCAAGGUCGUCUUCACUUCAUAACUAAUUUUCCCGAUUGAAUUCAAAUUUUUUAUAUUUACUAUUUUAUGCUUUUCUGUUAAGAAAUUUUGAGAUUUCACAUAACAAAAUUUGUUGGAGCACCGGAACCAAAUUCAACUUAGUAGCAUCAUUCGUCAAAUUUUGUAAGAUGAAAUUUAUCAUUCAUCAACAUUUGAAGAAUCAAGUUACUAUAUAAUUAAGUGGAAUUCGGCUCCGGUGCUCCAACAUAUUUUUUUAGAUGAAAUUUAUCAUUUAUCAACAUUUGAAGAAUCGAGCUACUAAGUUGAAUUUGGUGUUUUACGUAAUUUUUGACGGAUCUUAUAUGAGAGAUCAAAACAUGUACUUUGGUGUAGUUAGUUUUACGUUAAUCGGACCCCCACGAUUAACCAAAGAGAAUAAUUGUAUUUGAUAUGUUUAAGAGUAUGUCUGAAUAAAAUGAAAGAGUUAACCAUCUUGAAUGUGUCGAGUAGUAUCCCUGAGGUUGAGCUGUGGACCAAUGAUACUUGUUCCUCCUCAAACCAUCCUAAUACCAUCCUUGCAGUUAUAACCAUUGUCUCUGCUAUACUCACAAUACCGAAUAUUGUGGGAAAUAUGAUGGUCCUGGCAGCAUACAUGAAGGUUCAGGCUCAAGCCCGCGGUCCUGCUCAUGCCCUCCUUAUCCCCCUCGCAAUAUCUGAUAUUAUUCUGGGCAUUUGGUCGAUCUUAAACAUCAGCAAUCUAGGGAACGAUCACGCUUUAUUGGCUAAGGUUGCAGAGAUAUUAGGUGUCGUUGGAUCUACUGGAGGGAUGGUUUCUAUCUCACAUAUAUCUCUAGACAGGACUGUUUCCAUUGCUUUUCCCUUCUCAUACACUGUGGAUAAGCGUCGAAUUCUCAGUGUUUACUACACUAGUAUCAUCAUCACUGUACUCUUCACAUCUUCACUCGCUUUCACACUAUCAGAUUGCGGAUUGCCUCUGUUUGUACUGUUCUACUCUGUGUAUCACAAGAUUCAACUUUUCACUAUUUUCCUUCCUUGUUCUCUUAGUUUGGUUGUAAGUCAUGUUUAUCUAGCUAGGGUGGCCAGAAGACACGCUAAAAGCAUCAGGCGAGUGAAAAAGGUGAUUGCAGCAAAAGAGAUUAGUGACAAUGCUUGGCUAUCAGGAACAGGAACGUCUCACUAUCAGGAUCGGGAACGUAUCUCUACUGCUUCAAGCCAGAAAUCUAAUCGUUCCAAUGCAACCUUUAGAUCCGGUGCAUACAAAAUAUCAUUGAUGGCGACAGCAUUCGUUUUUUUUAUCGGCUGGCUGCCAUCCCAGAUACUUCCGUUCUUCCUGGAGAAAACAAGCCCAGUACUAGGGUUUGCUAGUCUAACCGUCCUACUUAGCUCUGCGCUCAACCCCUUCCUCUACUCUGCUCAAAACAAAGAAAUGCGGGAAGCACUCUGUAAACUUUUUAAAACCAGAAAUGCGAGCUCACGACUUUCAAUUUACCGACGGAAGAAACUGCCUGACAACGAGAAAAUGGUUCUAGCCGCCUCCAAGCUGUGUUCUAAAAGUUGCAAUGGUUCUGCCUGUAUGUCCCGGGUUCCUCCUCAAGUUCAACAACAAAAUGUUUUGAAACAUUCGCAAAAUCUUUGCAACUGCCAAGCACUAGAGUGCCAGGGAACCAUUGUUUAACAUUUUUUAGAAAAUUAUUAUGUUUAAUUUUUUAUAUUUUUAUGGAAAUUUUAAAUUCUAACGAAAUUGAUUAUCUCCCUCAAACUCUAUUUUCAUUUUCCUAAUAUCUUUGCAAUCUGAUGUCGUAAACCUUUCAUCGUGUAAACUAAGAAUUCUGUUGAAUCACACUAGGUUUAUAAUAUCAAAUGUUUACACCAUCAGGUUGCAAAGAUUAUAAAGUUUAGAGCUGGAGGCGAGUAAUCAAUUCCUUUGCACGAGUAAGAAGCAUUGUAUAAUAAAAAAAUCAUAAAAAGAUUAAAAAAGAUAUUAUUGUGAUGUUUCCUCAAAAAGCGAUUUAGCACAAAAAAAUUAUUCCUUUGAAAAAAUACAUGUUUAAGAAGAAACAUGAUGUUUGAAAUACACUGUUGUUUAUACCAUCGAAAAGAACAUACUUUUUAAUUUUAUCUUAAAAAAGGACAAGGUGUGCAGAAGGUUUUUAUCUUAAAAAACGUGAUAAGAUAAUCUUUUUAAGCUUUAGACUCAACACUUUUGAAAAAAGAAGUAAUACUAAUUUCUCAAAAGAGAUUUCUCAAAAUUACAUUUUUAAUUAAAAAAUUUUCCCUCUUCAUGAUUUCAUCUUUGUCCCUGCAACGAACUACGGAAAUUCAAAAUAAAUUAAUUGUUUUGAUAGCCUCGAGAUGGAAUCUUUUAUUUGGGCAGAAUUAUGCUCAAUUUUUAUUUCGCCAAAAAACCUUAGUCUGGCAAAUCAUUUUUAUAGAAAUCUUUUUUGAUCCAAUAAUUCACAUCUUUAAUCAGAAGUCGUCCGUGUCGUCUCAAGAAAGUCCGAAACUUGUAUGCUAAAACCAGUCCUGACGAGCUAAAUUGUUUUUCUCCCCAUUUAAAGAUUGGAAUUUCUAUCCAUUUUUACUGACUAAAACAUAUUUUCACUGGAAUUCAUAGCAUCUGUUAAAAAUAUCACGGUUAGGCUCAGUUCGCCACCAACAUUUUUGACCUCAGCUAUGAUGAACAGAAACUACAGGGUUACCCACAAAGGAUGAAACUUCAGAGACGACUGUAGGAAAUUUAUAUUCUCUGUUUCCGUACAAUUGUGUCUUGCUUAACUAAAAAAUUUAAUCAGCCAUGUCAUGACUUUACCACAGCCAGAGGACGCAAUUUAACCUUGGUAUAGUCAUAUCUUUAUAAAGUUUUAAGUCGUCUUUACAGUCUCAUCCUUUUCCCUAUAUACUUUGCUUGUCUGUUUGUUUGUUUGUA